UGUGCUUUGGAUUUUGUGGUCAGAUUCAAAUUAGAAGAAAAAAUCCAGUGCUGUCAUCUAGUGAGCAAGGUGCACCAUUGACUCAUUGACAAAUAUAUAAAUAAAGGUCUUAUCCCAAAGGGGCGAUGAAUGGGCUUCCGCCCAAGUCACCUACACAUGGCACAGGUGUCCAGUUCCCCUCCUGGAGGUUUCCAUUCCUGCAGAAUUUACCUCCUGAAAACCCUGACUAGUUGUUUCAGGGUGUUUAAUCAAGGUUUAACCUAUACUUUAAAGGAAUGUGGUCCUUUAGCUCCAGAACCGGUUUAUUAGCUGGAUCAGGUUUAAUUAGGGUUACAGCUAAACUCAGGACACUGAGCCUCCAGGAACAGGAUUGGACACCUUUGGACUAUGAUAUGGUUUGUGGCAGUACUUAGAGCAAAGGCAUCCAAUCCUGCUUCUGGAGUUCCUGCAAAGGUUAGCUUCAACCUGCUCAAACACACCUGCCUAGGUAUUUAAAGUCAUUUUAAAAACCUUGAUUGAUGGUGUGUUCCAAACGGGAUAUAUCGCCUUCCGAAGGGCACUUUGGAGUGAAAACAAUUAUGGCCGCCAUAUUGAAGGGUCAUUUCUAAUGGAAGGGCUCAAAACUGGCUACUUCAAAGGGCCCUUCAGAAUGAAGGAUUUCAAAGGGUACAACACUUGGAAACUUCGGGCUCCCAUGAUCCUUUGAGCAGAUUCUUUGCAUGAUGACAGCGCCUGCGUGUGGGCACAGUAUGAUGACGCAGAAGGGCACUUCAAGAAACAGUUGUUUGGUCCCCUAAACCCUUAAAAGCUCUCACACCAGAGGGUAAACCCUUUGGAGGGAUUAGGACAUAGGGAUGAGCCCUUUCGAAUGGUACGCAGGGUAAGUGUGCUUAAUGGAGGUAGAAGCUGAACUCCACAGAAAGGUGGCCCUCCAGAAACAGGAUUGGACAUUCCAGACUUCUAAAAGAAAAAGAGCUAGACAACAAUGCUCGUUUAUUGCAGAUAUAGCAGUCUACUGGCUUUAACGAUUUUUUUUCUCCUAUCUAGUGUUUGGUUUUCAUUCUUUGCACUCUUUUCGCAGACUCUUCCUCCAGCUCUAGUUCAACUCUCCCAGAUCCAAGAAUGGCAGUUACACCGAAUAGGACUUAAAAAAAUCCCCCGGUUCAUCUCAAGCUUUGAGAGUCUCAUAGUCUUGGACCUGUCUCGCAAUUCAGUCACAGAAAUACCUAAAGAAAUCGGCAAACUAACUCGGUUAAGAGAGCUGUUUUUGAGCUAUAAUAAAGUAAGCUGCGUACCAGAAGAACUUGGUUGCUGUGAAAAUCUGGAGAAACUGGAACUUUCAAUGAACGAAAAUCUGGAUGAGUUGCCGACUCAGCUUAGCAAUCUAAAGAAGCUGUAUCACUUGGACCUCUCCAUGAACCAGUUCACCACCAUCCCAGAUUGUGUGGUCAACCUUCCUUCUCUAGAGUGGCUAGACAUGGGCAGCAACAGGUUGGAAAGUUUGCCAGAAGAUAUUCACAGAAUGGAGAAACUUCACACCUUGUGGCUCCCAAGAAACGAACUAGAGUACCUGCCAGACAAUAUCUGUCGCAUGCAAAGUCUGGACACGCUAGUUCUGAGCAAAAAUAAACUACGAGACAUUCCUCCACUUAUGGAGGGCAUGAGUAACCUCAGGUUUGUGAAUUUCCGAGACAAUCCUUUGACAUAUGAUGUGACGCUUCCUGACUUAAAAGAGGAUGCAGAUGAAGAAGAGAAUGACAGGGAGAUGUUUGGUCGCGAGUUCAUGCACUUCUACAUCCAAGAGGCCCGGAAAAGAGGAUCCCAAACUUUCACAUCAGUGAUAAAUGUGACAUUGGAAGGCGUGUCAGAGACCGCAUCUUCUUUGUGACUUGCAUGCUGGCUUCUGUCUUGAUCUGCCGGUCCAUCAUGUCAAGUUUUGUUCCCCCACGUUUUGUGAAGAGCACUUCACGCCUUUUAAACGUCUCGUCUAUGCUGUUUGUUGGAGUUGCUGCUUUCUGCUAGUAUGUCAUAACUAAUGUUUGUGGAUGAGCUAAAAAAUAAAAAUGCAUCAACAUUGAUCAAAUCAAA